AUGGGUAUCGAGUACCUGGGCCUCCAUGCGACGGGGUGGGAGCGCAUGACGGAGACGUGGUGGCAGCGGACACUGGCCGCGUGCCUCCUUGCAACAAUCGUCCUCGGCAGUCUAUACAUCUUGUACCUGGUCGGACGGAAGGUGCGACGCUGGUGGCGGACACGACAUGAACUCUCCGAGAUCCCCUCACACAUAGCGCGCCAGCUCGAGCGCAUACAGCACGAAACACCACGCUUGUAUACCGCCGCUGCACUCCCGGAACCGAGAUCGUUCGGAGUAUAUCUCGGCGAAUUUGCCCGCCCUCCCACCGCAGCCCAGGGGCGCCUUCUGACCCAAUGGGAUGCCCUCGUUCUCGACCCCUUGCAGGAUGGUGUGCUCGAUGCUCUCGUCAGCGCCGAUCUCACGGCAACGCAUGUUCUUGCUCGGCUGGAUGUGACGAACCUUGUCGCAUCGAGUAAUAAAGAUGGCGAUGACGCCGAGCGCGCUGUUUCGGUUGUUGCGACUGUUCUGAAGACACAUCUUAAGCGACCUACCGACGCCCAAUCGCGCUUUAAUGGCGUCCUACUUGCUGAUUUUGCGGAGUGCCUCCAACCUGUCGUUCUCAACUCCGUCGUCGCCCUCCUCAACCACCUGGGCCUGACCGUCUGGCUCGAAGUCGCGCCCCCAGCGUACCUUCCUGAGAAAACAUGCCGGGCCAUCGACAUGGCGCGCAUCCGCGGCGUCGUCUACCGCAACGGCACAAUCCUCUCAAAUGGCGAUCGCCGGAAUUACUUCCAGAUGGCCGAGAUGCGCACCGUGAUGCGCGUCGUCGCGGCCCAGAAGCCGAUCGGGGAAUCAACCCUGGCGAUGUGGGAGACGGUCGACGAUGACGUCGAUUUGACGCACGAUGUUCUCUAUCGCAGCUCCAAGUGGUGCAACUAUAACAGCGCCAUGAGCUGGAUCGGACCCCAGUCUGCGCUUACGGAUGCGAAUGCCGCAAAACAACGCACCGUCGUGCAUGAGCCGAUCGGUGCGCUCAUGUGGAUGAAGGAUGAGAGGACGCUGGCCGCGCAUGAUGUCUGGAGGCAGAAUGGCUCGAUACAACAGCUGCCCCGAGGCAACGAGAAUACGGCGCUCUAUCAGAGCCUGCAGCAUUUCAUCCCUGACCUGAAGCGAAAACUGCAACUGUAUCCGCCUCAGGCGAAACAGGUUGAGAGGCAGGUCUUUGUGAUUGAUGAGCUGACCUGGCCUACGCUGAAUGAGCCCCUUCUCACCAAUCCAUUUGCUUUUUCGCCCGAUGGACACGAUUACUCGGGCCUUGGAUGCUUCCAGCUUGGGCUUGACUGUACAGUCAAAGAUAUCGAGGAUCUGCUACAGGCCCAGCAGCAUACCCGGGAUUUGAAUCUGCUUGCUCCGUUCAAGCCAGAGGAGCUAAAGCGAAUCGCAAGCGAACUACGCGGACUGUUCAACUCGGACGCUGAGGGAGCCAGGGCCGCAAGAGAGCUCCACGAUCUUCUGAUCUCGUGCGAGGGCGAUGACAGCGACCAGCUGUGUGUCUACUCUGGCCUGCACUCUGGAUUCCGGACGCGACUGGAGACGCAGGUCUGGGGGAUGUACCAGCAUGAUACUUCUGGUGCAUUGAACAUCUAUCUUUCCAACAAGACGGAGAAAGAUCGCGCUGGGGCAAUCCUGCACACGUUCAUGUCGAGUCGAGGAUACGACCGGUAUCAAUGCUUCAUGGCCGAGGUCGCUCUGUCCACUGCGAACGGCACCCUCUCGCGGCAAUGGCAGCUUCCUCCUCGCAUUGUCGGCGAUAUUGAGCAGCUCACGCCCACUGAAGCCAUGCUCUUCCUGCGUCGUCUGUCAUUGACCCUCGACCAAGACUGUGCCGAUCUCACGGCUAAAGUCCGCGCCUGCUGCGAACACUUCCUCAUGGAUGUUCCGUCGCUCUCUCAACUCCGAGCCUUGAGCUCCAGUGAAUACCUCAGCGGCAAAAUCACCCCCGAGCAACUGAUCGCUGCUCGACUAGCCUGGUACCGCGAACAAGGCUGCUGGGCUCCAGAUGCAGCGUCUGCAACAGCCCUCUUCAAAGACGUCGACGCCCGGCUGCCCCAUAUCCUCAUGUCGUCAGAUGCGAAGACUCUAGCUGACCUGGCGUCCGUCGUCCAGCAGACCCUCCAAGCAGACCAAAUCGAUGCAGCGGCGGACAUCUUUGCCCUCUCUGUCUUCUGCGCCUUCCGACGGCUGUCCUUCAACGAGAUGUACCUUGAGGUCCUCGACCGGAAUCCCCUUCCCAAUGGACACACCGUGCAAGCCGCCUGUUUCGCUGAAAUGUACGCACUCGGCGCCCGCUGCGAUCUCUUCUUCGACAUGACGCCGAAACUUCUGGGGAAGAUCAUCUCCGCUAAGUUCCGGGCAUACUAUGACGAGCACCAGCCAACGCGCCGAGAAGACGGAUUCACUGAGCUACCUACUGCGUAUGCGUCCAUGGAUAUUGAUCUCGAUCCGAAGGGCGACGAGCGCGAGACGCCGUGGUACUAUCGCAUCACCUUCCUCGGUAUCUUCGCUCUGCCAGCGCUCAUUGAUAUCACGAUGCUUACAACGGUCGGACGUGGUCUGUACCUGACGACCUUCAUGAGCAACACUGACAAAACGCUCGCUACGACGGCGCUCAUGGUUGCGCUGCUUGUCUGCGGUGGAUUCGGCUCUUGGAUCUCGUCUGGCGGAAGCUACUAUCUCUACGCCAUGGCUUUCCCGGCAAUGAGCAUGUUCGUCAUGACGCGCUUUAUCGCUGGUCUUGCCGUAGCGCUUGUUGGUGGUCUCAUUGCCAUGAUUGCCAUCGGCUGCGUCAAGGGCUUUGCAGCUGGCGUGCUGUUCUUCCUCUACUUCUUCUUCCUGAGUACCUAUCUCAUGCUCCUUUCAGUGCUUGCAAUCUACCAGAUGCCGGGCUUCCACUUUCAGUCCGGUCGAACAGUUAUCAUGUCCUGCAUCCCGAUCUUAUUUGUCGGGCCGAUUGUCACGCUGUGGGUUGGACAUGACAGUGUUAUUUACCUCUGCCUGCUGGGGCUGUUCCUUCUUUCGCUCCUCCUCGGUGCCAGGCGCGUCAUCGCCCAGUGGAACAGCUGGUACCUGAACAUCCCGCGCGUGACAGACGGCGAGGUCGUGAGCUGGUACGUCAAGGCGCAUCCGGGCGUCGAUAUCAAAGACAUGACUUCGUCGACGACUCCCCGCAAAGCGCUCUUUGAAGCGAUGCAGAAGGAACGGAAGAGGCAUUUCUGGACCAAGGCCACGAACGACGAGUUUGUCAAGACAAUGGCAGACGGCUACGAUGCGACCAUGUUCCUGCUCGUCUGGUACUGUCGGUACUCGCGCACGAAGAUUCCUCUCCCCUACAGUCCGACCUGGAACCUGCAGCUUAAGGCAGCCAUCGACACCCUCGGCGAUAUGCAAAAGGGUCUGAACAUGCACUCGGCAUUCUUGCACUGGCGACACACGGGGGCAGAUGUGUGGUGCGGCAUCCUGUACUUUAUUAUCGCGCUCAUGGACAAGUGGACUGCGCUCUUCACGGGCGAAGCACUUGUUGGUCUGUCGACCGCAAGCUCCUCCGAGUACAGACUUUCGGUUGGCUUUGGCCUGGGCUACUACCUCGCCGGUGCCCUCAUCCUGGAUGCAGUGUCCCAGCCGCUCUGGACGGCCGUCACGCAGCGCACGCCCAUCCCCGUCAAGAACCUCAGCAGCCUGCGCUCCGUCCUCGCCAGCAACUUCGGCGACAGGAAAACGCUGUACUGGAGCAACCUGACGAAGUUCUUCUUCCUGCAUAUCUGGGGCACGGCAGUUACACUGGCCCUCAUGUGGGCGUUUGAGUCCUCCCCGAAGGCGACCAUUAUGUAUCUGGCCUACAUUGGCGCGUACUCCGGAUUGUUGUUUUACCAGUACAACCGUAUCUUCACUGGACCGGAAGCAGCACGGUGUCUUGCGCUCGGAUCGGUCGUUGGUUUCGUUAUUGGAAUCACCAUGCAUAGCGUUAUUGCGAGCUUUACCUGGAGCAGUGUGAUUUGCUUGGGGAGUGGCACUUGGACGGCUGCCAUCUACUCUCUCUGGCUGGGCGACGUGGGCAUGCCCAAGUUUGGACGGAAAGAUACGCCUGUCAUCGCAAAGAACAGCGAUGGCCCUGCGCCGUCAUACACGACCAGCUCUCUGGAGCCCUAUCUGGAUCUCUCCCCGACAACCGUGACGCAGACAUUCGACAACAUCAAUGCCCUUGCUGAUGACUUCCGUCACAAACUGGACCCCGAGUCUCAUCCAGGUAUCGAAGUCAAGGAGGUCAUCCUGUCAAACUCGGGCUUUCAUAAAUCGGCCCUUGUUCAAGUUGCCUUCCCUCAUGCAGAGCAACUCCUACGCGAUGUUGUCCGCCAAUGGGUCUCCGGCCAGACAACCAUCGAAUUCGUAUCCGCCGAGCACCUUUUGCAAACCGAACAGCGUAUCCGAGCUAUUAGCCGGUUAGUUGGUGAGAAGCUACACAUCUUCAUCGUCAUCGGCCCGGGUCUCGUUGGCCAAGACUGGACGACGAAUAUCCGACGCAACUGCCGGGCCAUUGCAGAGGCCGUUGUGCAGGCCACGGCCGAGGCGAAGUUUGGCUUCAGCCAUGAUGCGUCGAUGAUGGCGGAACUGCUGGUUGGGGACCAUCGGGAUGAUUAUGAUCUCUCUGUCCCGGAAGGUGUCAAGUAUCAGCUUGAACGGAGUCCUGCGGAGUGUGCUCGCGUUGCGAACCACGGGCAGCGCACGUUCCUACGCCACCUCCUGCUCGGCAUCGACUGUGAUCUGGAAUGGGAUGGUCUACCACGGUCAGCACGCUCAUUCCUUCUGCGUCGGUGUUCUGGAAAGCCAGGUCGACUCUCAUCCGACGAACUCGUGUGGCUUCAAGGCCGGGUUGGAAGCGACGACCUCGAGGAGCUCGGUGCCUACGUUGCGAGAUAUAACCUCGGCGUUGCGAUGUCUCUAUCCGUUCGCCACUACGCCCAGCGCUGGAUGGAGCACGAGACAUACCCUACCUACCCGGUCUUCCUGGACACGACCUACGAAAAGCCAAUCCAGGCCCUCCUGCCUCCGCCCAUCGGCUCGCAUCUGCGCUUCACGGACGCACUCAAGCUCUCUUUCAAGCAGACUUGCCACUCCAUCAAGACCUGUCUCAAGUUCCUGGCCAUCUCUCUUGUUGCGGACCCGCAGUACCAGCGUGAACUUGAGUACAUGCUGCGCGGGCAGCCUUUGUUCCUCGCGGUCCCAUUGCAGUUCCUGUUGAAUAGUGUCUGGAAUAUCGUCAAACUGCUGCAGCGCAUUCUUAUCCCGUUGGUACUACUUCAUGGGAGAGAGAAGAUUAGCGAUGUCUACAAGAGUACGCGCGGUUGGAAGACCGUUCUUCACAAAGACAGGAUUGUGAUUGAAAGCCUCGAAGGCUUGACGACUUGCUUUACUCGAGCCCAGGCCGACGGGACGACAUUGCUCUACCAGUACGCUGGAAACCAUACCCACGAGCCGAAGGACAACAAGACAUUGCUGGCUAUCAAUACGUAUGUCGACAAACUCAUCCUGAAGCGGCGAGAGGAGUACAAGGCCGGUCAGGUGGUCAACGACUUUACAUACGAGUACGCUGAGAACGUCAAAAAGAGCCGCCGUGGCCGUGUCCUUCCUAUCCAGCGGGUCUGCACAGCUGGCGAGUCGGACGGUCAAACCGUCGUCUACAACGAAAGCGGGUAUAUCGUCUCGGGAUCCUUCAUGCAAGACGUCAACCCAGUGCGAUUCACCUACAGUUUCCGCAAAAACGCCAGGUUCGACGACGAGCUGCUCCGUGCUGAGUACGUUUUCCCUCAUAUCACUAUCAGAGUGGCCUGGUGCAUGCCGCCACCGAACCGACCAGAGCGCGAGGAGAAAUGGAUUCCGUACCCGCGUGUCAGUCAAGCAACCUUCAUCGAGCCGAACAGCGUGCAUCAAGCAAAAUGGACAUACGACCACAAGUUCCACCCUGUCAUUUCGACAACGCUGAACGGGGAGCCUGUGGAGACGCCGGACAUGAUCAGCAAAGACUGGUUCCAUGUCCUGGACAAGCCGAGUCGGAGUUCUUUCUUGCAUGAUAACCCGCUGUUCUUCUUCAGGAGCACGAGGGCAAAUGUGUUUAGUCGGAUGCUAGGGUUGAAUGUCAAGACAAGACCGAUUCCGACGUCUCGAGCACGAACGCAUCUGUGGAAGGCGUGGAAGGCAGGCAAGGACUUCGAUGCUGUGACCACCACCUGGCUUGAUGAGUUGCUGUUGCGAUCGGACAGCGUUCUGCGGCCGUACUGGCGGAAUCGCGACUUUGGACGCCUUGAUGCCGCGGGUGAUUAUCUUGAUGCGCAGGUUGAUACGAUCUUGGCCCGCGUCGACAUCGACCCUGAUAUCUCGUCCUGGACGCAAAUGGCGUUUAAGAUCAGCGACCUGUACAGCUUUGGUAUUGGCGGAGAUGCACGCAUCAACACGCGUACACUGUCUACUCAGUUGCAGGAUACCUCUACACAGCUCCAUGUUCUCGCAAUGGACACCGCGACAUGGCCGAACGAGCCCGGUGGUGUGUCUGCGUGCCGACGGGACAUGGUCAACGACCUGAAGGGCAUAAGAUGGCACAUCAUCUCCGAGAACGCAAAUGACUACGGCGUCCCCAAGUUCCAGAUCGAGCGGAACGUGCAGUCCCUGACUGUCCUGCCGCAGUGGGGUCUGGACUUCCUGAAUCCCACCCACGGCGUGUUCCAGAAUACGCUGGACUCUGCCGUUGUUGAACGGAGUCAGGAUACGAGGAAGGAAGAUAUCAGGAAGCACUUUGUCCCGAUACUAGCGAAGCUCGUGCGGUGUGCAAGGACGAGGAAUCUCAAACGGUACCAUAUCGAGGAGGCGACCAACGCCCUGGUUGACCUGAAUGCGUACUUUGAGGCCGGUCGCUCGUGGAAUGAUGUCUGGAUGAGCGAUACGGUCAAGACUGCCUGGCGCGAGCUCUGGCUGUCGGACGAUGUCGACGAUGCGACGCCUGUUGAGAAGUGGUGGGAUGCCGAGCAUCCUUCUCUGCAGCAGCUGGAUACCGCGUUGGAUAUGUGGCAUCGCUACCUCUUCAUCUUCUCGAUCCCCGUCCCCGAGCGCAUCCCCGACGUCUUCCAGGCAAGCCACCACUUCACCGGCGCAACCUACGGCGUCCUCUGCAAAGCGAAGCGCAAGUGCGCCCUGCACGUCUGGGACCAUUGCGUUUCGUUCCGCGAAAUGACCACUUUCCUGUCCGCAGCUGUAUCCUUUGACUCCUCUUUUGUCAAUACCACGCUCAUCUCGCUCGGCCAUCUUGCUUGUGUGCUCAUUGAGCAUCAUGCCGACGUGGUCUUACCCUGCGCUGAGUACUUUAACCCUGGGUGGGAGAUUGAACUGGGAACAGCCGAGGGUGCACUCCAGCAUCGUCGUGCUUUUGCUCGCAAGAUCGACCCCGUUGUCAAUGGCAUCACGAACAUGGAGCGGUACAAGCCCAUUGAGACGAUCAAGACGGAGACGCCGACCGUUGUGAUGCUGUCGCAUAUUCGGUAUGUGAAGGAUAUCAAAACAGCAAUCAUGGCCACCGACCUCAUCGUCAACAAAUGGGGGUUCCGCGACUACCGCCUGCACAUCUACGGCGACAUGGAGCGCGCCCCCGCCUACGCCUCCGAAUGCCAGGAGGUCAUCGCCUCCAAGGGCCUGCGCGAGCACGUCGUCCUCAAGGGCCUCGGAAACCCCUCCAUCGUCCUGCAGGACGCCUGGCUCUUCAUGAACUCCUCCACAAGCGAAGGCCUCCCCCUCGCAAUGGGCGAAGCAGCCCUAACCGGCGCCCCCGUGGUCUGCACCGACGUCGGCGCCUCCUUCUGCGUCGUGACGGACCGCAGCACGGGAAAGCGCUUCAGCGAAGUCGUCGCGCCAAAUGACUAUGAUUCGCUUGCGCGCGCGCAGAUCCGCGUUCUUGCCUUAUUGGACAAAUGGGCGCCUUUCGCUGAGGACGAAAACGGCGCUGUCGUCCCUGAACUCCCCUUCCACCCAACCCCCGACGACAUAUCCGCCAUUUCGGCACGGAUGUAUCAGAAAGUCGAGCAGCGCCGGAAAUUCGGCAUGCUGGGCCGCGCGAACGUCCUGAACUCGUUCUCCAGCCAUCGGUAUCUAAGAGAACACGAACAACUCCUUUGGAUCGGGAAGUACCAGAGCCAGAGCUUCGUUGCGCGGUCUGCGGUUAGCAGUACCGUCAACUCGAGCGAGGAGGGCUUGGGGCUGGGCUUGGGCGUCAGCGAGAAGGAAGUCAAGGCCGCGAUGAGGCUUUAUGUCGGCAAUGUGCCCCUGCCGCUGCCGAGUCCUGGUCUCACGGGCGGGAGUGGGACGCGCACGCCGGAUUCGGCUUACCAGUACCAGUACCAGUAUCAGGUUGGUGGGGGACGGCCGUGGAGGGCGUGGAGGGAUUCAAGGAAUGCGAGUUCGAGUGGGACGAGGACGCCUGUUUGA